AUGGCAAAUUGUACAGCCCUUUCUCUCAAUCCGGAUUCCCAGGCAUUUCUUCUGUUGCAACACCCCACCAUUCCAGGCCUUCAGUUUCAGGUUCAGGCUGCCCCCAGCUUAGCUUGAGAAGCAAACUGAUCGCAGUAAAGCCAGAUCUUAACCACAAGGUGAAAAACUGCAGUGGUAACUGAGUACUUCUUGCUCCCUCUGUGUUCAUGCAGACAUGAUGAAGUUCAUAGCACUGCAGCUCACACUAGCAGCAGUGGUAGCAGCUCAUCUGCUACUGACGCUGCCACCGGCACAAUGCUACUGGCUCAACCCGGAGAUCUACGACGCCGGCGGGCUGAGCCGGCGAGCCUUCCCCAAGGGGUUCGUCUUCGGCACGGCCGCGUCGGCGUACCAGGUGGAGGGCAUGGCGAAGCAGGGCGGCCGAGGUCCUAGCAUCUGGGACGCUUUCAUAGAGAAACCAGGGACUAUACCAAAUAAUGCCACAGCCGAUGUGACAGUCGACGAGUAUCAUAGGUAUAAGGAAGAUGUGAACAUAAUGAAGAACAUGGGCUUUGAUGCGUAUAGAUUUUCAAUCUCUUGGUCAAGAAUUUUCCCGGAUGGGACUGGGAAGGUGAAUCAGGAAGGGGUUGAUUAUUAUAACAGACUCAUAGAUUACAUGAUCAAGAAAGGCAUCACACCGUAUGCAAACCUCUACCACUAUGACCUCCCAUUAGCACUCCAUGAGCAGUACUUAGGCUGGCUAAGCCCAAAGAUUGUAGAGGCGUUUGCAGACUAUGCAGAAUUCUGCUUCCUGACGUUUGGAGACAGGGUGAAGGAUUGGUUUACCUUCAAUGAGCCGAGAUGCGUUGCAGCUCUAGGAUACGACAAUGGCCUCCAUGCUCCAGGAAGGUGCUCUGAUUGUGAUGCAGGAGGCAACUCCACGACAGAGCCAUACCUUGUUGCCCACCAUCUCAUCCUUUCUCAUGCUGCCGCUGUUAAGCGAUACCGCGAAAAGUAUCAGCUCUACCAAAAAGGGAGGAUUGGAAUUCUCUUGGAUUUUGUCUGGUACGAGCCAUUCAGUGACAGCAAUGCGGAUAGAGCUGCAGCACAGAGGGCAAGAGAUUUCCACCUCGGAUGGUUCCUUGACCCCAUUAUCCAUGGUCGAUACCCGUACUCGAUGCUCGAAAUCGUCAAGGACAGGUUGCCGACCUUCAGUGAUGAAGAGUCCAGGAUGGUGAAAGGCUCCAUAGACUAUGUUGGCAUCAACCACUACACUUCUUUCUACAUGAAGGACCCCGGGCCAUGGAACCUGACACCGGUCAGUUAUCAGGAUGACUGGCAUGUUGGUUUUGUCUAUGAACGAAAUGGCGUGCCCAUUGGAGCUCAUGCAAACUCCUACUGGCUUUACAUUGUGCCAUGGGGAAUCAACAAGGCUGUGACCUAUGUAAAGGAAACAUAUGGAAACCCUACAAUGAUCCUUUCUGAAAAUGGAAUGGACCAACCUGGCAACGUCAGUAUCACUCAGGGGGUGCAUGAUACAGUAAGAGUCAGGUACUACAGAGACUACAUAACUGAGCUCAAGAAGGCGAUAGAUGACGGCGCCAAAGUGAUUGGGUACUUUGCUUGGUCACUGCUUGACAACUUCGAGUGGAGGCUCGGGUACACUUCCCGUUUCGGUAUCAUCUACGUGGACUACAAGACACUAAAGAGGUAUCCCAAGGACUCAGCUUUCUGGUUCAAGAACAUGCUCUCCAGAAAGAAGAGGAACUAAGCAAGCAGACAAGAGGAUAAAUGGCUUCUACUGUCAGAAGGAAGCUCACUCUAGCAUAUGCUCAUCUUAUUACAAUAUCACAUUGGUCUAGCUUUUAAUUAAAUGUGAAAAUAACUAAUGGUGUGGAGAUUAGUAGCUUCAUUGGCUUUCACAAUGGAAGGAGAAAUAAAUGGACUUCAUUACAAAUUUGUUCAUGAGGAUCGUAGGGUAGUUGUACAAUGAAGAGCUGACAGAAGUGACUAC